AAGAGUUAAAUUACACUGUAUUUUGCUACUUAAAAAAUAAUUGAAUCGCUCAUUUCAAAAACCACAUAAGUCAAUUUUUUCCAAUAUGUCGUUUUUGCCAUGAAACGGCUUGUCAUGUGUUCCUACACGUUAUAGGCAAAAACCACGCAAGUCAAAUAUACCGAUAUAGAAAUGAACCGACUCUAAUUUCAGAAUGCACUGCAAAAACCACAUUAGUCAAUGACUUAUGUUGUUUUGCAACGAUUUUGGUUUUGCAACGAUUAUCUUAUUAAGAGUGGGGGCAUCAUCAUGACGUUUCUUCUGUGUGGCUAUUCUUAGUUGUUUACAUUCUCAGUUUGUCGUUGAUUGUUAGUCGUCGUAACGUAAUUUUUUAUUUUGGUACGUAAAUAUCGUCAAAAAAUGUCCGAUAGUUCAAGUAGCGAAAUAGAAAAUCGACCAGAACCUCUGAAAAAGAGGCAACGGCGACUGGAAUCAUACAAAAGAAAUAUUAUCAAGAAAUCAAAAGUUAAGGGGCUUGAACAUAUCAACUGGAAAGGAAAAGUUUUGCCACCACGUGCUACCGGACCCCGUUGCACAUGUAAAAUGGCAUGCUUUGAAAAUCUUACUCAAGAUGAUUUGGCAUUUUGUAUUAGUAAAAUCAAUUCUUUUCAAACUAAGAAUGAACAGGAUAUUUUCAUGCAACAGCUUAUUGAAAAAAAAGCAGUGAAGACCCACCGACCACGUAAAGAAGGAGCUGUACCUAGAGAUUAUGCUUUCAAAUAUUUCAUCGUUACAAAAUUGAAAAAUAAAGUCGUAUGCAAGAAAGCUUUUAUCUCCAUUUUUGGCAUAACAGAAAACCGAGUAAGACGCCUAUGCGACCUACUUGUUAGAUCGGAAACUCCUUAUGACAAACGAGACCAACAUCCCAAGGCCAAUACUACACGGCCUGAAAUUUUAAAAGAAAUACACGAUCAUAAUUUGGAUUUCCCUCGAAAGAGAACUUAUUACUCAGGCAAAGAUAUUGAAUAUUUAGAUGCAAGAUUGGAUGUUAAAACCAUGCAUGAUUUGUUCAGAAGAAAACAUCCGAAUUUAAAAGUUACCUAUGCGUUCUACGCCAACUAUUUCAAAAACACUUUUUCUUUACGGUUUGGAAGACCACAGGUCGACACAUGCAUUACUUGUGAAGUAUUAGGGGUCAAAAUCAGGAGCCCCACUUUAGGACAUGCGAAAAUGGCAGCCGACGCAGAACUCGCGGUUCAUAAAAGACGAGCGAAAAAAUGUCAUAACAAGAUUGUAGCUGUAAAAGAAAUUUGUCAGGAUCGGGACGAUCUGGCUGCUUUAACGUUUGAUUAUAUGCAAAAUUUGCCACUCCCAAAUAUACCAAUACAGGAGAUAUUUUACCUUAGACAUCUAUGGGUCAAUUGUUUCAGGAUCAAGAAUCUCAAUACUAAUGAAUCCGUAUUUUACAUUUACUAUGAAGGAGUGGCAAAUAAAGGUGCCAACGAGGUUUGUUCCAUGAUCCAUCACUAUUUGGAUAAUUUUUUGGGGGAAAAUAUCCAAGAACUUCACCUUUUCUCAAACAACUGUCCAGGUCAAAAUAAGAAUAAUACAAUGAUAAGAUUCUUACUAUCUCUAACUGACACAAAACGUUUUUUAAAAAUAACACAUUAUUUUCCCAUACGCGGUCAUUCUUUUCUUUCCAAUGACCAAGACUUUGGCGUUAUGACGAGAAAAAUAAAGAAAUGUGACCGUAUAUAUGUCCCUGGAGAGUAUUAUGACAUAAAGUCAAAGGCAAACCCAAGCUUUUCCGUAUUUUUGUUGUCAACGGGUGAAGUCAUGAAUUUUUCAAAAUGGUGGCCUACCUACUAUAAGAGAACAGCCUAUCAGAUGAGAGUUUUGGAAGACACGUUCCAAAAGAAAAUAAGCAGUUAUUUUCUCCAUCCACGUGUAUGUCCUUUGAAUAUGAUCGGAAUAAAAAAGGAGCCAUUGUUACCAGACAGUUCAUUGAUGGCUUAAGUAGACAUACGUUCCAGUUGGUUAGAAACAAAGCUAUGGAAAUAUCUUUACCAGACAAGCAGGCUUAUCCAAAAAUAUUGAAAACAUCAAACAAGUCAGAAAUAGCAUACUUCAACAGCAUAAUUAUGCCAUUUUAUGAGGAAAUUUUUCGAUGGCCAACAGGAGAAGAGCAAGAUAUCCAAGAAAAUGUCGAGAAUAACGAACAUUUUGACUAUGUACCCUAAAUCCCUAAACAUUAUUUAACCUACCUGUUUUUUUUUUUGUUUGAAUUUAUAAUUAUUUUUGAAUAAAUAUUUUGAACAUGUAA